CGAGUUAUCAACGCAAUGGAGGCGAAUUCAAAUCCCACAACUCCCACGACGGCGGUGGCCACCACCACAUCCACAUCCAGUCCAUCGCCAGCUGCGAGCACCAGCAGCAAAGGACACAGUCAAGCCGCCUCCACUUGCUCCGCAUCCGCAUCCGCCUCUGCAUCCGCAUCCGUAUCCGCAUCCGCACCCGCCACACAGUCCCAGCUGCUAACCACAAGUCUGGAAAUCCACAAGGUGGAGGAUCUGUACAAUCUGUCCCUGGCCAGCGGCUUGUCCGAGGGUCAGAGAUCCCUUUCGGGAGCCCCGUCGGCCUCCUCCAGUCCCAUCAUGAGUCCGCAGGGCAAGAUAUUCGGAAGGAAUGCGAAUGGAACAAUGAUCACCACAUCGCGACCGGGCAACGAGGCGGAGGUGCAGCUGUACCGGGUCCUCCAGAGGGCCAGUCUGCUGGCCUACUACGACACCCUACUGGAAAUGGGCGGCGACGAUGUGCAGCAGCUGUACGAUGCCGGCGAGGAGGAGUUCCUCGAGAUCAUGGCCCUGGUGGGCAUGGCCUCCAAGCCGCUCCACGUCCGCCGGCUGCAGAAGGCGCUCCACGAGUGGGCCAACAAUCCGGGACUCUUCCAGGGUCCCAUGCUGCCGCACUUGGGUCUCUGCGAAACGCCACCGAAACCGGCUUUGGUCUUCAAUCCGGACACCACUCCCGCCCUGCCCCGCCAGAAGUUCCCCUCGUUCAACCCCUCGGCCACCUCCUCCUUCCAGCCCUCGCCGCUUCCCCCGGCUGCCGUGCCCACAUCCGUUUCGGUUACCGUCCCCGCUGGUCCCUUGGUCACCCAGAUUAGUUGUCCCUCUGCGCCACCGGUGCCCAUGCCCCUGGUCCUGCCCUCCACCCCGCUGACCAGCAGUCCCCAUCCCUCGGCGAACAGCAGUCUGCCAGCGAACACUGCCCACCAGGUAUCCUCCAGUUCGCCCCAGCUCACUCCCGUCCUGACCGAGAUGCAGAUUCAGAGGAUAACCAUGUGUGCCGAGAAGAUCGGUAGGCAGUUGCCCCAAAGGGAACCGCGGGCGCAGACCACCAGGAAGCGAACCACCCGGGAACUGGAGCAGGUGAUCGCCAUGGCGGAACAGGAUCCGCGGCGCAUGGACGAGAUCCGUAAGUACUCGGCCAUCUAUGGGCGAUUCGAUUGCAAGCGGAGGCCGGAGAAGCCGCUGACCUUGCACGAGGUGUGCGUCAAUGAGGCGGCCGCCCAGUUGUGCCGGAAUCCACAGACCAUCUGGCUGCUGACCCGCAGGGAUGAGCUGUUCCCGCUGGCGCGGCAGAUUGUCAAGGAUGCAGGUUUUGGUCAUUCCGCCAGCAUUGCUCGGUACGGUGGUCUGCUCACCCAGCUGCCCUCCCAGGGAGCGGGAUUGGGCGGCGGACGAGCUGGUCCUGGGGACACGGACUGUGAGUCCAGUGACGCCGCCGCCGUUCCCUCCAAGCGACAGCGACUCUCCUCCACGGAGGCCGCCCAACUGCCGCUCGACUUGAACCGGGAAGCCGUCGAGGACUCACGCUACAAUCUGUUUGCCAUGUACCAAAAGUUCGCCAAGCCGCCGUUCGAUCUUACGGAAAUUGCCAAGUUCUCACUUGGCAAGGCGGCUGACUAUGAGGAUAAUGACUCGCGCUUCUCGUUCAGCAACUCCAGUUCGCCGACCAUGCCAGUGAGUAUGUGUUGGAGCUCUACGAGGGCACUCCGCUCGCCGGGAAAAGCCUUAGAGUAA